AUGGGUCGCGAGCCUCGGUCCGCCAAAGCCUCAGAUCUGCCAACAGAGGAAGACUGCAAACGCGCUCAAAAGUUCAAUCCUCCAGGAGUUCUAGCUAUUGAAUAUGGAAUGAAAAAGAAUAAUUUCUACCGGAACUUGGGGCUUGUGGCUGGCUAUCUCAAGAACUGCGGUACUACUAACCAACUACAUAGAAUCGUCAAUUCGGUUAGUGAUAUAUUCAAGCAAUAUGACACAAUGAGACGGGAUGCCUGGGAAGGGGCCACCGUCCCUUGUGCUACACUCUUCGAUUUCCUUGAAGAGUGUAAGUAUGAUCUACGGCUCUCCGUUCUGGUGAAUGAAAAAGAUAUCCCGUCAAAAGAAGACAUUGAACGCGUUUGCAGCGGCAUCCAUGACUUGGUUGCUCCCUUAGUAACCUGCAACGUACUGGUAAAGGUCAUCAAUCGUGUUCCUCAGCAUUUUGCUGAAGUCUACCAGUACUCACCUGCACAGUUAAAGUACUUACCAUUGUUUGAGGAUCUUCACCGGGCCUAUGCGCUUCUUCGUAUGUGGUACUAUCUCAAUACAGAAAACAAGAUGAACGAUCUGCGGUGGACACCUAGAAGACAGUGUAGUAAAAAUGCCAAAGUCAUACACUAUCUCGACACCUAUACAGCGCCUCCCAAUGAAAAAUUAUCUGGCUUGAAAGAAGAGCUUGAUACUUAUUUUGAACCGGUGAAGCAGGCGAAGGAGGAAGACAACUAUGAUCAACAAUACCAGACCAUUACUGGAAACUUAGGUACACUGGAUAAUCCAAUAAACGAAACAAAAGUCAGUCAGGGGAUCUUCCGUUAUGCGGGUAUCCCAAUUCUAUCACAGAAGGAGACCGACAUGCUGGAUCUUGACAUUGACAACUUAUUAACCCCGCUCAAUGGAUCUCUGGGCCUUGCUUUAACGAUAGCCACUAUGCUAGAGCAAGAAAGGGUAGCCUGGUCCUGCCGACUUCACUUACAACCCACUCUCCGGGCGCGUAUCUUCACCCACUCGAAGAGUAUUAAUAGGAGACUUGUAACAUACGACCUAUUAUAUCCAUCUUUCAUGAUUGGAAUUCAAGACAUGGGCAAAGUUGUGAAGCCUAUGAAACCAACUUUAGUAUGCAUCCAAUCGGCAGCGUCUUUAGGUUGGUACGAGGAUUAUAUCCAGCAUUUUGCUCUUAAACUACGCAUCUUUUUCGUUGGAUCAUGCUUUAAUAAUCCUCACGUCCCAGGGACAUCCAAUAUCACCGUUCAUUCAUUUCAUCAGGCUAUGCUGGAACCCGAAAAUUCUCCCCUAUUUCCUUAUCCUGAUGAUCAGGGCUGGACAGUCUUCAUCGUUCCUCACUCAAAGCUAAAGGAAUAUACAGUUGAGCCGCUUUAUAAAUGGGGGGCAACCGGAGAAACCAACUCUGGCUGCGGUAAAGCCAUGGCAUCUACUACGGUUACGACAGAAACUGAGGAUCCGUAUUUGCAGGCCGAGGCUGCUAAACUUGAUGCGUUCAUUGUUAACCAUAGCUCCCAAUUUACAAAGAAGUUAUAUCGAAUAGUGGUUGACCAAGCACAUAUAGCUAGACGUACCAGCCCUGACGUUAUGCCUGUUGUCACCAUACUAAACCAGGAUUUUACAUGGUUGGUAGCAGAGUCAACCCAACCGGAGGAGAUAACGGACCUAUCUAUUUAUAGUCAUGUUUUAUAUAAUCCCGAGCGGGAACUUGAUCUUUCAGAAGAUUUCCUAAAGGCAAAUACGUUACAAAAGUUUGAGGCUGCCGAAUCCGAUGAUGAGCUCCUGGAACUGUUCAAUCCGCUGAAUAUUCGGCGCCUGGCGGUUGAUGGCCAUAUUAAGACGGAAGAUGCCGAACGUACAAUCCCAUUUUUGCUGCAAGAGUGCAUGAUUCAGGCCACUUGUGGCUCCGAGGUCAACAGGAAAAGGAAACGAGAGGAAGAUAUAGAAGACACCACGGCUAUUAGGACGGAGCCUGGAAUAUUUUUGUGGCAAGGCAUUUUCUACAAGGCAACGGCUGGGAAGGGAAAUCUAGCGGAUGAUCUAUAG